AGGUAUACCGUACAGAGAAAGAAUCCGCGAGCGGGGCGUACUGAGAAAGCUAUAUAUAUUCCGACUUCCCGAAAUGACAGUCAUUAGCUAGUAACUUGAACACUCCAGUUCGCCGCUGCUGGUACUCCUCGGUUUUCGGUUUUCUAACUACACCUUCGCCGUCGUAUCAUCGAGACAGUAGUAUCCUACUACUCGUCCCUGCUGAGUCUCUUCGACACCUUUUCGUCCGACGGAGUCCAUCCGCUCGUCGCAAGACAUGGCUUCGCGCUCGCGUCUCGUUCAGCGACUGGCAGUCGCUGUCGCGGUCGUCCUCCUCACUGUCGCUUGCGCGACCCAUGCGACGGCUGCGACCCCAGACCGGUGCGCGGCGGUGCGGUGCAUGACGAAUCGCAAGUGCGAGAUAGUGAACGGGUCCGCGCAGUGCGUGUGCAAGCCGCCAUACUACCUUGACGGCGACGAGUGCAAGGACCUGUGUCUGACGACCAAGUGCCCUGGCGGCACCACGUGCAAGGUGGUUCGCGACAAGGUCAAGUGCGUCUGCCCGCCGCCUCUCGUGCUUCGCAACAACGUUUGCUUUGACCUAUGCGCUGCCACCACGUGUCCUGUCAACUUCGCCUGCAAGGUGGCCAACGGCACGUCCAAGUGCGUGUGCCGCGCGCCCUUCUACCUCGACGGCAACGAGUGCAAGGAUCGCUGUCUGACGACCAAGUGCCCUGGCGGCACCACGUGCAAGGCGGUGAGGGGGAAGAUUGCGUGUGUCUGCCCGCCCCCUCAAGUGCUCCAGGGCACGCAGUGCGUUGCUCCAACCUCCUGCCGCAAAGCGCGCUGCCCGGCUACUGCCCGCUGCAGCGUGGUGGCUGGCGCCGCCACGUGUGUCUGCCCUCGCUUCCUCAGUCUCACGGACGGCGAGUGUAAGAAUCCCUGCGCCACUAUUCUCUGCGGCGUCAACAAGAAGUGCAAGGUCGUCAAUGGCCAGGCGAAGUGUGUGUGAGUAGAGAUACCGACCUACUAACCUUCGAAGGGUAUAUUCCUAAGUGGUAGCUACCAUACCACGAUAGAGUAAUUUGAUAUGGCCUUCUAAUGCUGGGAAAAAAUUUACCUGUUAUGCUGCUAUAUACAUUUUGAGUACAUGAAUCAUGUCGACAGUUCC